CCGUACCACCGCACUCCGCCGCGAGGGGGAAGUUCCCGCCGGAGCUGACGGACAGGCGAGCGAGGCCGCAAAGUCCCCCCCUCUCCUGCCCCCCCCGACACAGCUUCCCGUCGCACUUGGACUGCGGCCCUCCUGAGGGGCUCCUGCAGUCCGAGCCGGGGGAGACCUGCGCGCCCCUCCCCCCGCCCCCCCGGACGGCGCGGCGUUGGUCUCUCCCGGCGGGAGGCGGGGCCGGGCCGGGGGCAGGCCGGGCGGGCUGUCCACUCCCCUCCCUCCCCUCCCUCCGCGCCGUUAAAAUGAAACUCUAGUGGCCGGAGCCGGAGCCGGAGCUGGGACUGCAGCCGGGCCGGGCCGAGAGCGGGCGGGAGCCCGGGGUGGCGUACGUGCCGGCAGCGGAGCCGCGCGGCCGGCCCCCGCGGGACCGCGAUGUACACGCCGCCGUGGGGCAUGGAGCGCGAGGACGGCGGGGAAGGAGAAGGCGAGGGCGGCGAGGGCGGCGAAGGCGAGGACUGGAGGGACGUGACCAUGCCCUACUCCACUGAGCUCAUCUUCUACAUCGAGAUGGACCCCCCAGCUCUUCCGCCAAAGCCGCCCAAAUCCUUGACUCAAGCCGGUGCCAACGGCCUGAAGGACAGUUCAGGGUUUUCCCUCCCUGACGCAGAGUGGUACUGGGGAGACAUCUCAAGGGAAGAGGUCAAUGAUAAACUCCGGGACAUGCCCGACGGAACCUUCCUGGUGCGAGACGCAUCCACCAAGGUGCAGGGAGACUACACGCUUACUCUGCGGAAGGGAGGCAAUAAUAAAUUGAUUAAGAUUUACCAUCGGGAUGGCAAAUACGGCUUCUCAGACCCGCUGACCUUCAGCUCUGUGGUGGAGCUGAUCAAUCACUACCGCCAUGAGUCUCUGGCCCAGUACAAUCCCAAGCUCGACGUGAAGCUGAUGUACCCCAUCUCCAGGUACCAGCAGGAUCAGCUGGUGAAAGAAGACAACAUCGAUGCCGUUGGCACAAAGCUGCAGGAAUACCACUCUCAGUACCAAGAGAAGAGCAAAGAGUAUGAUCGGCUGUAUGAGGAGUAUACCAGGACCUCACAGGAAAUUCAAAUGAAGAGGACGGCGAUCGAAGCUUUUAACGAGACAAUUAAGAUCUUUGAGGAGCAGUGUGCAACCCAGGAGCGCCAGAGCAAAGACUACAUUGAACGCUUUCGGCGAGAGGGGAACGAAAAGGAGAUUGAGCGGAUAAUGAUGAAUUAUGAGAAGCUGAAAUCGCGUCUGGGUGAAAUUCACGAUAGCAAAAUGCGUCUGGAGCAGGACCUGAAGAAGCAGGCGCUGGAUAACCGGGAGACGGACAAGAAGAUGAACAGCAUCAAGCCGGACCUGAUUCAGCUGCGCAAGAUCCGCGACCAGUACCUAGUAUGGCUCAGCCACAAAGGAGUCCGACAGAAACGACUCAACGACUGGCUGGGAAUCAAAAAUGACCACAUCGAUGAGACCUAUUUUAUGAAUGAGGAAGAUGAAAAUCUGCCACACUAUGACGAGAAAACGUGGUUUGUUGGGGAUCUCAACCGGCUCCAGGCGGAAGACCUGCUCCACGGGAAGCCCGACGGAGCCUUCUUAAUUCGCGAGAGCAGCAAGAAGGGCUGCUACGCCUGCUCCGUGGUGGCCGACGGGGACGUGAAGCACUGCGUGAUCUACAGCACGGCGCGGGGCUACGGCUUCGCCGAGCCCUACAACCUGUAUGGCAGCCUGAAGGAGCUGGUCCUGCACUACCAGCACACGUCCCUCGUCCAGCACAACGACUCCCUCAACGUCCGGCUGGCCCACCCCGUCUACGCACAGCUGCCCUCCCACUGCAGAUAGACGCGGGCCGGCAGCGUGGCCGGGGCCGCGGCCGAGGGAGCCGGGGGCUUUUCUAGGGUUUUAUCUGCGGGACGACGGAGACGAGGAGGGCGACGAGGGCAUCCUUUCUACUUAGACUGCUUGUUUUGCACAAGAAGUGAUUCUGUGAAUGUGAAGCAGAGGGGCCUGGGGGCCGGCCGGGGGUCGGGGCCACCUCCGGCCGGACGCCGAGGCCGCCUGCAUCUGGGGUCCCGGCUGCGCCGCGCGCGGCUGUUUUUGUUGUCAACACCCAUGUGCACUCUCCCCACGGGGGAUAAACUGAGCACGAGGUACCGGAGGCAGACAGACACUGCGGAUGGAGAAGGAGGGUUAGGGGGCGCAGGGAGGGUGCGUGUCCGUGUCUCCCUGGUUUUUACUUUGGGCUGGGCUCAGUCUGGGUGGGGGGCAGGGAGAGGGCCCCAUUGUCUGCUUCCAUUCAGGAGCUGGAGGAGGCCGGAGCUCCUGCCACUGGUGGGGGCCCCGGGCCCGACCCCAUGGUCAUUCAAGGCUGCUCCUGCUGCAGGCAGACGGGCUUGGGAGGCUGAGCUGACCAAAGGAAAAGGGGGAGCUUCUCCUUCCUUUUACACGUAUCAGAAGCCCUAGAACGAGUCCUUCCCAUGCGGUGGCAUCUUUUGUACCGAGGGCAAAGCGGACCCAGCGACAUCCGGGCCCUUCCCUCAGGAGGGGCCCCGAGGGCCCCAGCCUGGGCAAGCGUUCCUUUCCACACCAGAACUUAAAGGAAAAAAAGGAAAUGGGCAAGUGUCUGUGGGUACUGGAGACUCCUGGACCUGCCAAGGGCCUAGGGGUCUCCCUUGCCCCAGGCUCCUCCGGGGGUCUCGGCACUUGAAGAAUUCCCCACCUGAGAUCCCUGUAACUCGGACGUAUGUAGACAGUGCAGUGUUGUGCUUCCCGGUGGCUGGAAUAUACCAAAAACCUGCAGAGCUGCCCUGACCGGGCCGAGCGCACGGCAUCUCCCCAGAACCUCCAACACCACCUUGGCGGGAGCGCCAACCCCCGGGCUUCUCUUCCCGAUGGAGAUCCUCGGCCUUGGAGUGGACCCCGCUCAGACCCACAGCCCGGGACCAGCCUGCCCGGCAGAGUCUGCCCAUGGAAGACACGGCCUCUGGGAAAGAACGGACAGAUGUCUCCCUUGCUCCUCCCGCCUCCCCCCUCCUGGGUCUGGCCGGUCUGUGGCUUGGUCCCAGACCCAAAGACCAUCCGGGACCUUCGGGCACCUUGUUUUUCCAGCCCAGCACCCUCUUGGUCCUGGGAGGAGCCUCUGGGUCCCCGUCCGCCCCUUUCUCACCCCUCGCCGGGGGCUCCUGCGCCGCACUGACUCGUUCUGGUGCCUGGGUCUUGUUCCUCCCGGGCCUUGGCACCAGGACACACCAGAUUCCGCUCAGCGGCCCCGGAGCCUCCGCUUCUGGGGGUUUGGAGGGAGGCGUUGCCUGGUUCCCUUGUCUUACAACCCCCACCUUCGCCCUGGAGGAAUCCUGAUUGUCAUCUCUGGGCUUGGGACCCCUCGGCUCUCAGCCCGUGGGCUCGGGGGCUUGGGGGCAAGGGAAGUCGGCUGUCGCCAGUCUUAGCCGUUUCCCAGGUCUGGCAGCGGGGGGAGGGGAGGGGCCUUCAGCCAAACACCAUUCGCAGCUCCCAGGGCACCGGGGGGGGGGGGGGGGGGGGGGGGGGGGCAGGAAGGAGUCUCGGAUCCUGCACGCCCGUCCAUCUGGACUUUUCUUGUGACUGGACCUGACUCGCCUGCAUUGCGGACCAGAAGCCUUUGAGGAGGCUCAGACGGCAGCUUGGGCGUCGGUGGGGCUGAGAAGGGCCCCGGGUGACUAGCCAGCUCAGAGCUGCUCCAGGCCGUUGUCAGAGCCCCUGGGGGUCUUCCCAGCCCCAGCUCCACAGGCAUCUUCCAUCAGCAAAGGCCACUGGGGGCGGGGCCUGCUGGGAAUCCUGUGCCUUUGAGGAGCCGGUAUGAGAUGGGGUCACGGGCACCCCCUGGGAGCCCCGAGAGAGCAGAGCUGGGGCCCGACCGGGACCCCUUCCCUGGGCUCCUGGCAGACAUCUGGAUGGUUCCCCAGCCGUGGGGGCAGAGGAAGAUCGGGGACACAGCUUCAGCAGCAAGACUGGCUGGCCCCUGUUGUCCCAUGCCCCAAGGAUACCGGACAGCAGCUUUGGGAUGGCCUUGGGGAGCGGGGCAGUGCCCGGGGCUGGGCCCCUGGGAGGAGCGGGUGCCACGGGAAGUCUCUCUGCUCUUGCUGCUGUCACCUGCCUGGGGAGCUUGGCUCCUUGCUGCUAACUGUGGGCCCGGUGUCUGGGACCCCACCGGGGGUCUCGGGACCCCGCGGGAAGGUCAGCCUGUGGCGGGAGGAGGGAUGAGCCCGGGGGUGCCCUGCUCGAGUUCUCCAAGCUACCGAGGAUAGAACGAUAACCGGGAGGUGGCUGGGGGCUCUCUAGCUCCCGGGGACCCAGUUUGAGACGACCCGAAUGGAGCCGUAGGGCGGCCGCAGCUGGACAGACGUGCCCAGAUCAGUGCCGGCCAAGCACGGGCAGCAGCGGCCAGGCCCCCAAGGCCGGGGGAGGCGCGGGGGCCCUGGGGAGGAGCCCUGUCCUGCCCCUUCCUCUUGCCCUUUCCCAGCUCGCUCCUCGGGCGGCGAGGGACCACGGACCCUUCUGGCCUAGGCCCCUUGGCCCGGGAAGGACCCUUGCUAAGUGCAGUCCCUCCCCCAGCACUGCCUCCCUCCCACCCAAGGCCCCUCCCCCAGCCUGUCUCCAGGUAAGCUGCGCGGAUGGGCCUGUGCUGCCCCGCCCCGCCCUCCUGGCCCCCGGGGGAGGGGAGGAGGGGGGAGGGGCUUCCUUCCCUCCUCCUCCCCCUCCCCUCACCCCUCCAGAACUGUCGUUUGCCUGGGUGAGCUCCAGCAUGUGACUCCGCGCCCCGUCUCCCCGGUGUUACUUGUGUAAAACUCUUCUGUCUUCUUUGAUGUAGUCAAGAGAAAUUCAUGUAGUUAAUGUGAAAAGGAAAAGCCCGCCUGCUUCACGGGACCCCAGUCAGUCAUUGUGAGUGUGCGUGGACGACUCCGCUGUGCGUACGUAGCUGCUAGACCGGUCCUUACACUUGUUCUUGUCCCACGUGUGCGUGUUGCUGCGACCGGGGGAGGCGCCCGUCGGCCUCCGGGCCAUCUGCUCCAGGUUAAAACGCAAUAAACAGUUGCAAUAAAGCACA